AUGUCAAUCAUCGUAGCAUUAUGCGGCAUAAGAGUGCUUAGCGAAGAGGGUUAUAUGAUACCACCCCAGUAUCCCCUCAAUCACGAAGUCUCGAAUGUUCAGUUCUCAGAGGAGUGGCAGGUCCUCGGUCCCUUUCAAUGUGGAACAAGAGAAGCCAUAUGGGGAGCAGAUCCUCUAGAGUACAGGGGUGGAUUCCGAAACCUGUCUUUUGAUGAAAAAGCUGAAUAUGCAAGCCCCCUCUCGACUGACGGAAGGGUGAAAUGGGGCCAGGCCUGGGCCAACGUCACAAAUUCUCAUGCCGGGCAGAGCAGGGCUGAACUGAUGGUGGCCUUCCCGGAAGUAAAUUGGCCAUUCCUCCAGUCCGUCUAUGGAUGGUCUGCGAAGCAGUAUCAGGCUUGGGCUCGCGGCUACCUGUACUUGCAUGGCUCAAACCGCCAAGCAGUUGCGAUCUUCACAGAUGGUAUUUUGGAUUUAUCCAUCGACGGCAAACGACAUUUCGGUGGCGAUUUCUACAGCUACCGCAGGGCGCCUUUGGUAUUGGACAUUACACCUGGGGUGCAUCUCGUCGAACUACGGCUUAUCCGUGAUGUUCGGGCUCUGGGUGGUCAAGGUGAUCCAACGAUCCAUGUGGUGGUCGAAUUGGAAAUACGCUAUGGUACGUUAACUAUCGAUGAGCGAAGCCUUCUGAUACCUGAAGCUACUGAACAAAAACUUGGGAGCUCCUGGGCGUCUAUAAACGUUCAGAACAAUGCGCGCGAAUGGGUAGAGAUACUUUCACUCUACUCUCCUAAUGUUGGUGUCAAUAUCCUGCUUGACUUCUGGAUGCAUGGUGACAGUGCCAUGUACUUAGUUCUCCUUGGUGAUCGAGGCCCCAUUGCACCUUGCACCGUAUCAGACUCGCCCACUGGCCUUUCGAUUCACUGCUGGCAAUCCGUCGAGCUUCGCGUCUCCAUUCGAAGUUCGCUACAGGGUUGGCCAACAGGCGGCAAUCCGAAUUCAUUAUUUCAGUCUCAGAGAAUUACGUAUGCCCACCCGGCGGGCAUCAUUUCCUAUGCUAUUCUACGUCCGCCUCCAUUGCAUUCUCCCUGUGCAUCCAUCAAGACCAACGCGUCUUUGCCCCUAAUCAUAGGGCUCCAUGGUGCCGGUCUUGACGCUGAUAGUGUGCAAGCCCGCGGAAUGCUGGAUGCUGCAUAUGGCAUCUGUGCGUGGAUGCUGUUUCCAAGCGGUGUCACUUCUUGGAGCGGAGAUGACUGGCAUAUAUGGGGUGUUGGUGAUAUCAAAGCUGCUGUCAAAGCGAUCCCUAACUGGAUGAAAGCCGUUGGCUGGAGUGGCCCCGGCGCCUUGGUUGAUGAUUGGAUGGUUAUUGGGCAUUCAAACGGAGGGCAGGGAGUCUGGUAUCUCAUCACCCAUUAUCCGGAUAAUGUUUUCGCCGCUGCCCCUGUAUCAGGGUACACUUCCAUUGAAAGUAAGCCCCCAAAUGCCAUCUAUCCCUGCUCGGGAGCACGUUCUGAUGUUGCAGACUACGUGCCAUAUAACAUGUGGCGGGACUCUGAACCACUGAUCUCUUCCAUCCUUCAUCAAUCGCGAGCGAGUUACAAGCACGAGCUUUUACUGGCGAAUGCUGCAGGCAUCCCAAUAUUGCAACAACACGGCUCACAAGAUACAAAUGUUCCCGCCUAUCAUUCGCGGCUCAUGCAUGCACUGCUCGAAGAAACUGACUGGUUAUCUGAAUACGUUGAAUUACCCAAUGCAGGCCAUUGGUUUGACGGUGUGAUGACAACUCCUCCACUGCUUAAGUUCUAUGAAAGCUCGCUGCACUCGGCCAGAAAUCGGAUACCACCAACGUUCGCUAUAUAUGUCCCACCCUCCGGAGACAUGUCAUCUAAGGGGGGAAUAUUCGUGGACCAGCUUCAGUCCCCCGACAGGCUCGGCCGAUUGCAUGUCACAAUUGACGCCCAACAAAAGAAGUGGCAUCUACAGACGCAGAAUAUUCACCGUUUUCACCUCUCAGCGAAUGCAUGCAAUACCAAACCGCAUAUUGUCCUGGUUCUAGAUGAUAUGAGCACCCACUUUGCAGUUGAUCCAGCCCAGUGUGACUCCACAUGGUAUAUAAGAGGUGCUGACGGUAACUGGAUGCGCUCGAACCAGACUAGCUGGCGGUCCAUGUCCCAAAGAUAUGGGCGCCAGGUAGGUGCGUUGGAUGCUAUUUUGCGCACUAAUGGCCCGUUCACUAUAAACAUAUGCUCGGCCAAUGUCGAGAAAACGGCACUUCAAAUUAGUCGCAACCUUCUACAAUAUUUUGCUGCUGAUUCUCAGAUUAUAAAACGAUGCGAUCCAUUUGACUCGGGCUACCCUGGCAAUGUCAUCACCAUCUCGUUGGGCAAUGAACUUCCGGCUCCAGUGAUAUCGUCAUACCCCCUACGUGUUACUGAUAAUCGCAUAUAUUUACAUAGGUGCUUUCCAGCUCCAAGCAGCAUUUACGCGUCCAUGAAUUUGACUUCUAGCAUCAAUUGCGGCAAAUAUUAUAUCAACCACGAACCUGCCAUGGGUGCCUUGUUUCUCCGUCCUCUCUCCGACGAGAGACUGGAGCUGGUUGUGUGGGGUACUGAUAGGGAUGGGCUUGAGCAAGCUGCGCGCCUUGUGCCGACACUGACCGGAGCUGGCCAGCCAGAAUUUCUAGUCCUUGGUGAAAGUUUCCAAUGGAAGGGUCAUGCGGGACUCCAUGCUGCUGGUCAUUUUGAUAAGUUCUGGCAGAUAUCAGCGGGGUCAUAUAUUGCCAAUGGUAUAUAG